AUGGAAGCCGUCAUCAAAGGCAUCCUUCAUAGCCCAACCUUGCAGGAAAAUGUCAAGAGGACCGCUAUCAUCAAACUGCUCACACAGAUUGCAACACUCGACAAGCCUGACGCUUCCAUUUUGCUGGACCUUGGCCUGGAACUGAAAGCAGCACACCAAAAUGCACUCGAGAACCAGACUGGAGAUCGCAUCCUUCUCGCUGUAAGCACCGCCCAUCGUGAUCUCUUUUGGGCCCGCUCUCACAACGACUGGUUUGAAAACCUAGUAUCGGACACUAACACUAAGCAGGACUAUGCCAGGAACAUUCCACUUGUCAUAUCCGUCGCAAGACGAAAAGAAGCGAUAACUUUGACGGAGGAGGAGAAACAGGAUUUUGAGAAGGAUAUGGCGACUCUGCAGGCAUUUGCGGAGAAAACCUGUAUUCAUGCUACACCACCGCUAGAAUACCCAAUACAGUGCCUCUUUAUUGCCAUGUUCGUCGCACUGCCAGCAACACGGCCCUUUGCCACGAGCAAUUACAUCGAGUUUCUGGUGGAUCAUCUUGCAAAUAUGCCGAUUUUAUCUGCCUCAGAAUCCCAAGGUGACUUGUUGCCUUCCAAGAACGCUAUCUCAUUGCUCCAGCAAUGCUGGGAAAACGUGCCUGACAAUGUGAUCAUGACGAUAUCCCACCUGUUCUUAAAUCUUGCGAACGAUGAGCGAGAGUGCUCGAUUGGAGCGGGGUACAUACUCCAGGCCAUCCCUGGGACCUAUACAUCCGUUGUUGACCCCUUCAUCCAAAACUUGGACUCAACGGCUCUAUGGCGGCUCAAAUUUACAGUGCAGAGGCUGAUUAACUGGCUUGUGUCGAUUGACUUACCAGGAAUUGGCAUUUGGAUUGUUGCGAUCAUGGAAAGCCUUGCAUCACGCGGAGAGUUCAUCUUGCUCCGAGAGCUGGCGGACCAAAAUGCCUACAAAAUCGCGAGACAGCUUCCUUUUAAAGCACGUAGAAACGAUGUACUGCUGGUUCUGAGAUUCAUGCUUCUCGGCUACUAUCAUUCGCCGGUCCUGUUCCAUAAUAUCGUUCAGGGACUUAUACCGUUGCUCGUUUCAUGCAGGAAAUCAUCGGUAUGGUAG